AAGAAGGCGCGUCUGAGCUUCUGCGGCGGCCAAGUGUGUUUAUACGCUGCGAGCCUCCUGGAAGGAAGGAAGGGAGGCACAUGGAGGCAGCAGGCAGCCGUACGUUUGCAUCGGCAACCUGUAGACAUGUGAGCCACGUUCGCUGGACCUUCUCUUAGUGGAGAAGGCGGUACGUCUCUCCCCUUAAGAAGAAGGGGGGGAGCCCACAUUUGUUCGUUUCUUGCGCCACUCAUCGGCAACCGUGCGCGCUCCGAGGGUUUGAUCGGCUGGCUCAUUCAUAGAAAAAGAAGACCGCUCCAGGCCGAGCGUCAUGGAAGCACCGCCGGGUAGGAGGUUGCUGCUGCCGGGAGCGCACCUUGGCUGAGCGGCAGUGAAGGAGAGGAGCGGAGGAGAUGGCAGCGUCGAGUAAUUCAAGCCUCUCUGGUUCGUCCGUGUCAUCUGACCCUGAGGAUUACCAACCACCAAUAUGGAAGUCCUACUUGUACCAAUUACAGCAGGAGGCCCCAAGACCGAAAAGGAUCGUAUGUCCCAAAGAGAUGGAAAGCAGGCCAAAAUAUUACGGCAGAGAGUUCUAUGGCAUGAUCUCUCGAGAGUAUGCAGAUGAACUUCUCAGGCCUGCUGAUGGUUCCUACUUGAUCAGGGAAAGCCAAAGACAGCCCGGGACGCACACUUUGGCCUUAAGAUUCGGGCCGCAGACUCUCAACUACAGGCUGUUCUACGAUGGGAAGCACUUUGUCGCCGAGAAGAGGUUCGAGUCCGUGCACGACCUGGUCACGGACGCCCUCAUCACACUCUACAUCGAGACUAAGGCGGCGGAGUAUAUCGCUAAAAUGACUGCAAAUCCCAUUUAUGAGCAUCUUGGGUAUACCUCGCUGCUAAAGGACAAGGUGGUGCACAGGCUGAGCCGCGGACACACACAAUCCCGCAGGGUUACCUUUGUCAGGGAUGAACAGAUUUCGUCUUCUCUGGUGAGACAGAGCGCUUUGAAAGACACCACUGAGAAGCAGUGCUCCUAUGAGAAGAUCCAUAACUUCAAGGUACACACCUUUCGAGGGCCACACUGGUGCGAGUACUGCGCCAACUUCAUGUGGGGUCUGAUUGCCCAAGGUGUCCGCUGCUCAGAUUGCGGGCUGAAUGUACACAAACAGUGCGCCAAACUGGUUCCAAGCGACUGCCAACCAGAUCUACGGCGGAUAAAGAAAGUGUUCAGCUGCGAUCUCACCACUCUGGUCAAAGCCCAUAACACCCCGAGGCCAAUGGUGGUGGAUCUCUGCAUCCGAGAGAUUGAGCUCCGAGGUAUGAAAUCGGAAGGUCUCUACAGAGUGUCCGGCUUUUCAGAGCACAUCGAGGACGUUAGACUCGCCUUUGACCGAGAAGGUGAAAAGGCCGACAUCAGUGCCAGUGCCUAUGCAGACAUCAACAUCAUUGCCGGCGCUCUGAAGCUUUACUUGCGAGACCUCCCCAUCCCAGUCAUUACGUUUGACUUGUACCCCAAAUUCAUUCAAGCUGCAAAAAUUCCAAAUGCUGAAUGCAGACUAGAGGCCAUCCACGAGGGUUUGCUGCAGCUUCCCCCGGCUCACUAUGAGACUUUACGCUACCUGAUGGCUCACCUUAAAAGGGUAACAACCUUCGAAAAGGACAAUCUCAUGACUUCUGAGAACCUGGGCAUCGUCUUUGGUCCGACUCUGAUGCAGCCCCCAGAGCAGAACGCCUUGACCACGCUGAACGACAUGAGGCAACAGAAGCUUGUGGUGCAACUCAUGAUCGAGAACGAAGAUGUCUUAUUCUAGCUGUCGGGACCAGGGAUCCUUAUUUAUUUUGACUACCAGAGGAAAUCCAAGCCAGCUUUGAGGAGAGUCAAUCACGAUGCUCCUUUCACGCAUGACUCUUUUUGGUGUUGACAUUCUCUCGUUUCUAUCUGUCACGGAGCGCCAAGACCGUCAGGUAUGAGAUGUUUACAAGCCACAGCGCUGUUCCCUUUUUAUUUGAAGAGUGCCCCCCCCUACCCUCCUGUGUGCAGUCUGUGAACGUGUGAAUUCCGAGUGAAUAUUCCCACGCGUGCAAUUCCUGGAUCAGUUGUGGGAAUGUCAUCCAAGUUUUUACGGAAACAACACAACCCCCAUGGUAGGUGAAGAAGAUGAGACAAUUGGUCAAUUCAUGAAGCACUUUUUUUAUUUUCCAACGUGUGUACAGAUUUGUUUUGUAAAGAUGUUUAUUUUUGUCUUUUUACUCGGAAUCCCAUUGUUUUGUCACAGUAAUAUAUAUAUAUAUACGGAUGGGAAUGAUGCAUGUUUAGUUGGUGUCUGGAUACAAAAGAGUUGCGAAAAUAAAAAAAGCUGUGUUCAAAGUC